UUAAUUUAAAUGUAGUCUAAUAAGACUUGAGCAUAAGGCUACAGAAUAAGUUGCGAUACACGAUACAACGAUACAGUGCGCAGGAGUUUUUUAAACGCCGCUAGUAUUUUUUAAUUUUUUUGAACACGCGUUGGUUUUAUUAAAACGCUACUAAUAAAACACCUUUUUUUAAAUUGUUUUAAGAGUGUGCAGUUUAAAAACCUUUUUAUAUCAGUGUUGUCUUAAAAAGUUGAGAUAAAGUGUUGAAUUGAAGAUGUCUACAAUGAAUAAUGCUGUGAAUGGAUUGUUGAAUACAAUGGAGAAGUCCAAAUCGACACCGUGGGUCCGAGGGUUGAUCCAACUAUUGGCUUUGUCACAGUCCAUACAGCUUACUGGAUGGCCCGCUAAUUAUAAAAUUCAGGAUGGCGAGAGGUUCGACUUCAUAGUCGUAGGGGCGGGAUCAGCAGGGGCAAUAGUGGCUGCGAGGCUCAGCGAGGUGACUCACUGGAAGGUGCUUCUCAUCGAGGCUGGCGGAGACCCACCGCCAGCCAGUGUGAUACCCAGUAUGUUCGCAACUCUUGCGCAUACGCCAUACGACUGGGACUACCGCGCGCAACUCGACAAGGGAACGGGUCAGGCGCAUCCCAACGGAGUACUGUUUAUGGCGCGAGGAAAAAUGCUCGGAGGGUCAUCGUCCAGCAAUUACGAAAUAUAUUCAAGAGGCGUGCCUGCAGACUACAACGAAUGGAACCAAAUAGCACCAGGUUGGGAUUGGCACACUGCUCUACAUUACUUCAAGAAGCUUGAAGGAAUGACCGAUCCGUCAGUCCUCAAUGAUCCACGCAACGCUCACCUUCAUUCUGCCAACGGACCAGUUUUAAUUUCUCGGCCGGAACCUAACGCUUACUUCCAGGAAAAGAAUGAGAUCUUUCUAGACGCUCUAGAACAGAUCGGUUUCAAGAGAGUUUUAGAAAAUAACGGACCCGACAUUUUUGGUGCAUCUCGACCGCAUUUCACUUUUGCCAAUGGUAGGAGAUCUAGCACAGCAGAAGCAUACUUAAGAGGAAAAAAUGAUAGACUUAAUUUGCGCGUUGCAAAGUUUGCCAGAGCUAUCAAGAUAUUGAUCGAUCCUAAUACUAAUGAUGCUUACGGUGUUAGGGUGCUCCUUAAAUCAGGAAAUAAAAUUAAUGUAUAUGCCAACAAUGAAGUCAUAGUUUCAGCUGGGUCCAUUGAUAGUCCUAAACUUCUAAUGUUAUCGGGUAUUGGACCAAAAGAGGAACUUCAAAGUCUAGGUAUAGAAGUAUUGUCUGAUUUACCAGUAGGUAAAAAUCUUCAUGACCAUGCAAUUUCAGGCUUAACUUUUGCUGGUCAGCCGGGGCUAGAAACUGCACUUCAAAAUGUAAUUACAAUCGCAGAGUUAGAUUCCUAUCCUGUUCCAAUACAAGCUGGAUUCUUCAGUCUUAACACUUCUGAAGUCAAUAGUGAUAAUAUAAAACCUCAAUUCCAAAUAUUUAACACACACAUGGGCGCUACCGCUGCACCGAUACUUGUAUAUGGAUGUAAGACUGUAACCAACUUCGAUGCGCAAUACUGCCUUUCUGCUGCCAAUCCAAAUCUUUACCGAGAAAUAGAUAUGACACAGGUAGUGUUGCUCCAUCCUAAGUCGAGAGGUCAAGUCAAGCUGCAAAGUACAAAUCCUCUAGAUGACCUAAUUAUAGAACCUGGAUAUUUUAGGGAUGAAGAUGACGUUAUAACAUUUGCCGAGGGUGUAAAGUUUAUGACUAACAUUGCUCGAACUUCAUAUUUUAAAAAAGUAGGUGGUUUUAUAGCUCAACUAGACGUGGCUGGUUGUAAAGGACUUAAGUGGGGGACGGAUCGGUACUGGCGCUGUUACGUAAAGAAUGCAGCAACCUCUUUGUUACAUCCUGUCGGAACAUGUGCUAUGGGGCCUCAGGGUGUUGUGGAUGAAAGGUUAAGGGUCCACGGGAUAUCCAACUUGAGAGUUAUAGAUGCAUCUGUAAUGCCUAAAAUUACAAGUGGAAAUACCAACGCGCCAACUAUGAUGAUAGGAGAACGCUCUUCGGAUUUGAUUAAAGAAGACUAUUUUGGGUUUGAAUUUGCAACAGCACAAUACAAUGACGUGUUCUCGAACAUUUGACUUAAGUACAUAAAAUUUGGAUUGUUUCAAGUACUUUAAG